AUGUUUGCCUCUUGGUUACCGUGCGCUCCAGCUGACCUCAAGAUCACACACGACUGCUUCGACAAUAACAUCGACUUCAGCUGGCAGCCCACUAACAACACAAGGUACUACGUGGCCACCGCUGUGGACAACAAUGGCGACGUGGCUCCGUGUUGGACGUUCGACAGUAUGUGUCGCUUUACCAAUGUUGACUGUGGUCAGCACUACACGUUCAAAGUGUAUGCUGUGGGCUCAGGGUGCAACAGCCAGAUCAGCCAACCCAAGUAUACCCAAACCUCUCCUUGUUUGCCGACGAACGUCAGGACAGAAGCCAGCUGCAUGGCAAACACUCUUGUCACAACCUGGGACUCAUCUGAAGGAGCAUUGUCGUAUACUGUCAAGGCUAAAGGGAACAAUGGAGAAACCUACAACUGCUCCUCCCCAAACAACACCUGUGAACUCGAAGGCGUACCCUGCGGAGAACAGCUCAGUGUGCGGAUCCUUGCGUCUAAUGACAACUGCUCCACUGGCGAGAUACUAGUAAAUUCAGCUCAGACCGCUCCCUGCGCUCCCGCCAUUGUCUCAGCGUCAGCCGAGUGCAGUCCGGACUCUGCUAGAGUGAAAUGGACCCAGAACCAUGGGGCUAUAUUCUACAUUGCGCUUGCUGAAGAUUCAAAUGGAAACUCCCAACACUGCUAUUCAUUGGAAACAACCUGUGUCAUCGAGAACCUGGGAUGCGGACGGAAUUACACCGUCAAAGUCAUCGGCACUAAUCUUGACUGCAACAGUACAGCAAGUCAAGAAGUUAAUUUCAUGACAGGACCUUGCCCUCCAUCAGGUAUUGAUGUAUUCAAAGACUGUGAUGCCAACCGUGCUGUGAUAGUCUGGCAGAACCUCCAAACGUCGGGUGUCUACACUGCAACGUUAGCAGAUCAGAGCGGCCCUCAGCUCAACUGCACCAGCAACACAGUCAAUAACUGCACAAUUGUCUCCCCGCCAUGUGGAAAGAAAUACAACGUCACGGUCACCUACAGCGAUGGACAGUGUCAAUCCACCUCAGCAUCUACUAGCAUGGACUCGGGUAAUACAACUUUUAGUUAA